ACAACUCGGGUCCCCAAAAAAAUGCUCAGCAGGCAUAUAUUAAUGUGCUCUCGGGUGGGCUUCACGCCGUCGACUAGUCAAGCAGUUUUCCACACUUCCGCAGUAAAUUCCGUGCUUCCCAGGGCAAAACCGCUAGACGAGGAAAUGCCGUUGGCUUCGCCGAAAAAACCACGUCCAGACACGCAAAUUUUAGAUUUAUCCGGAAAACGACACAAAAAAGAUAUCGAUAUAAUUGUCGGCGAUCAAUAUCUACAGCAAUGGUAUAAAAUGGAGACUAAAAAUCUGGCGGCCGACUAUUUGGCGCUUUGCAAGUCAAAAUUGAGUCUUUUCGUUGCUUCUACAGCUACCUGUGGAGUUUUAAUGGCGCCAGUGCCAGUUGCCGCUGACUCGCUGAUCGCCGCCACUGUUGGCACAUUUCUGCUCUCAUCGGCUGCAAAUGCGUGUAAUCAACUGCUAGAGGCUCCGUAUGAUGCACAAAUGAGAAGAACACAGACGAGAGUUUUAGUUGUGCAUAGAUUCUCUCCACUUCACGCCUUCACGUUUGCCGGAGUCACUGGGCUCACUGGAAUCGGGCUUCUCGCGUAUUAUGCGAACCCGUUGGCUGCGGCUCUUGGAGCUCUUAACUGGUUUAUUUAUGCAGGCGUCUACACUCCGAUGAAACGUUCUCAUAUCGGAUGCACAUGGGCCGGAGCCGUAGUUGGAGCAAUUCCACCACUAAUGGGAUAUGCUGCAGCCACCGGGUACCUGGAUCCGGCUGCCUGGUGCCUGGCAACUAUUCUUUUUUCAUGGCAAUUUCCACAUUUUAAUGGUCUUAGCUGGAAUUUGAGAGGCGAUUAUAGUAAGGCCGGCUACCGCGUAAUGUGUGUGACAAAUGAGCGGUUGUGCCGUGUGACGUCACUUCGUCACAGUGUUGCUCUACUCGGAUUGUGCUCCAUCGCUGCUCCGCUUACAGACUUGACAACGCUCACCUUUGCUAUAGAUUCUCUUCCAGUGAACGCGUACCUCGUCUACCUAUCCUACAAAUUCUACAAGGCUCCCGACGCGAAAAACAGUCGAAAAUUGUUCUUCUACUCACUGUUACAUCUGCCGCUGGUCAUGUUACUGAUGGGAAUUAGUAAUUAUGGACGAAAUGAGCAGCAAAAAGAGCACAUUUCGGAUCGAAUUUCGAACGGCUACAACAAAAUGGUGGAUUCGGUGAAGAGCUUCUCGUUAUAACCAAUUUAAUUUUUUUGUUGGUUCAAUUUCUCCAUAAUUCAGCCCCCCAAUUGAUUGUAGAUAUCUAGUAGAAACGUAUAUAUUUAGUAGUUUUUCUGGAAUUUUUAUGCGGAUUUUUUUUGAAAGUGACUCGUAAAAAUUCCAAAUUUUUUUGAGAAAUCUCUGAAUUUAAAAAAAAAAUGCGAUUUUUAAAGCAAUUUUUGGGGAAAAAGUCGAAAUUUUUCGCUUAAAAAUUCCAGAUUUUUUAGAAUUUUUAAUUAAUUUUUUUAUUUUUUUUUGUUGUAGGCCCUGAAAACUACGCGUUAUUGUUCUUUUUUUUGUUUUUUCCCAUGUUUUUUUUCAGCAAAAAAUGUUUU